AUGGAAGCAGACUUCCACAGCCUGUCCAAGAUCCAGUCGCAGAUGGAGCUUCUCAUGAAGGAGGUUGGACUGUCCAUGAAGCCGCUACAGGACACCAUGACGCGGCAUGAGCAUUCCCUGGUGUUUCGGUCGACGGUGAAGCAGAAGUAA